ACAUAUCAAAAAUUAUGAAAAUUAUGUGUUUUUAUAAAAAGUUCUAAUAAAUCAUUGAAUAAAAAUAUUUCAAAACAAUAACAAAAAUUAUAAAUAAAUAACUAAAAGCAAAGAAGAACAAAAUACACCCACCCAGACAUUCUCUAAGAAAACAAACUUAAAAUAACAAAAUAAAUUCUUGAAAAUUAGAAGAAGAAAUGUCAACCCGUUAUUUCUUUUAAUAAGUUGACCACUGUGACAGAUGAUUUAUUUGACGCGUGUGUGUGUGAUUUGAACAUGUAUUGUUCUAGGGAGAGUGUGUAAAUGUCAGUUCUUUUUAACAAAAAAAAAAAAACAAACAACAACAAAAUGAGUGAGUGAGUGUUUUUGAUUGAAAGCUUAAAAUGUUCAGCAACAACAAAACAAAUACCAUAUAAAUGAAUGAAUGACAUUGACACAAACAUCUAGCCAACAAAGAAAAACAUUAAAGUGACAUUAUAUUUCUUUAAAACAAAAACUAUUUACUUAACAAAUACAUACCACUAAUUUGUUAAAACACAAAAAUAUUAAAUAUUUUUUCUUUAAAUACAAAUUACAUUGCCUGCUUGCUCUCCACCCCACUGUAAUUUCCCACCACACACCCAACCCACUUAACCAACCUCCUGUUGAAUUAACAAGUGUUUUUGUUGCGUUACUAAAUGCUUGUUGAUUUGUGUUGUUGUAUGUUGUUGUGCGUUCGGAGAGGUGGCAUUCCGCGUGUGCGUUAUUUCCAUGUGUUCAUUGUGUGUAUUUUUGGUGCGUUUGUAGCAGACCCUUCUUAUUGUGUGCGGUUUGGAAUCAAAUAAAAAAAAAAUUUCGUUAUAAUUUCUUGUAAAUAUUGAGUGUGUGUUUCAACGAACCAAAAAAAAUUCAACAAAAAAAAUCACAUUAUGAUGCUGCACGAGGCUGUUAUGUUGGAAAUCUAUCGACAGGCUUUGAAUGCAAGUGAACUUGCCAGCCCACGUUGUCAGUCACGCGAGUCCAACGCCUCAGCAUCGGCCAACAAUGACGCUCGCUGUCCAUCAAACGAAUCACAUUAUUCUGGCCAUGAAGGUCAUACACCAGGACAAACACCCACUCCAACAUCACCACCAGUGGGUCUGCCGUUACCAGCUACUUUGGCGCCCGCAGCUGCAGCCGCUCUAUUGCCGCCACAAUCAGCAGCCAUGGCAGCAUAUUUUAAUGCAGCGGCUGCCGCAGCACAACAAAAUCACUUACUGUUAACAAAUCCUUUAGCAGCAGCUGCAUCGCUGGUACAGCAAGCAACACAACAAGUCGCACAUUCCCCAAAUUCUCAGCAAACCCUGACACCAACACCACCAAACGCUAGUGAUAGUGCGGAUACAUCAGCAUUGGAUUUUAGCACCAAACGUAGCCGACGGAAUUCUGACGAUGAUGCUAAUGGCAGUGAAGAUGAUGAGGAUGGUGCAGAUGGUGAAAGAAUUGAUAAUGAGGCUGAUAAUGCAAAUGAUAAUGAAGCAGACGACGUGAAUAGUCCAUUAGAUUUAUCGGUAAAUAAUGGACGCAAACGUCAAUCAGACGAAGAGGAACCAGUUAUAAUAAGCAAUCGGAAAUUGGCAAGAUCAAAUGAUUACAAAUCAUUGCCGGCGUCCAGCACAUGGGUACCUCCAAUAAAUCCAUAUUUGGCAGCGGUAGCUGCAGCCAACAUGUCACCAAAGACUCCACUCUCAAUGGAUUGGAAUGCCAAAACGAAAAUCGCACCAAAUGAAGCCACCAAAGCUUUAGAGAAAAUGACUGAAAUGACACGACUUGGAGGAUCGUCAAAGGCUGAUCAUAGUGAUCAUAAUAACACAACUAGACAUUCAACCAGCACUACGAGUACUUCAUCAACGACAACAACCACGUCAAAUGGUCGUCACAGUGCUUGGCAAUCACACUGGCUGAAUAAGGGUGCAGAUGCUGUCAAAGAUGUUUUCAAAUGUGUUUGGUGCAAGCAAAGUUUUGCCACUUUAGCUUCGUUAACCACGCACAUGAAGGAAACCCAGCACUGUGGUGUUAAUGUUCCUCCUAGUAUUAGCUCAAAUAGCACGCCAGCAAACAGUGGCGGCAAUCAAACCACACAAUCUUCCCAUCAUUCUCGUCAUUCAACCACGCAAAGUAGUGCUACAGCAUUAGCUCAGGCAGCAGCAUUAACUACCAACAAUUCAGCAACAUCUGGUGGCAGCAAAUCUGAUCUAAACAUGCUAAUCAAAGAAACGAUGCCAUUGCCACGCAAACUAGUGCGUGGACAAGAUGUAUGGCUGGGCAAAGGUGCCGAACAAACGCGCCAAAUAUUAAAAUGUAUGUGGUGUGGACAAAGUUUCCGUUCUCUGGCCGAAAUGACAAGUCACAUGCAAGAGACUCAACAUUAUACCAAUAUAAUAUCGCAAGAACAAAUCAUUUCUUGGAAGUCUACCGAUGAGAAAACGUCACGAGAUAACAGCACUAGCAGCAGCAGCAACAAUAGAGCUUCUGCUAACUCUGCAGCCAAUAACACGGGCAACAAUAAUGCCACGGUUACAGUUAAUAACAGUGAUUUGUCUCCUAAUGCUAGUGCAACAAAUGCAAAUUCCACUGUUAGUGCUGUACUGACAUGCAAAGUGUGUGAUCAAGCGUUUUCUACUUUAAAAGAGUUAAGCAAUCACAUGGUGAAGAACAACCACUACAAGGAACACAUGAUUAGAACUGCUGCAGCAGCUGAAAAUGUGCCAACAAUGAUAAGGGGCCGUGGCAGACAGGCGAGAGAAAAACGCAAAAAAUCAUUGCCAGUGCGCAAACUGUUGGAAAUGGAAAGGGCACAACAUGAUUUUAAAGCAGCUGGCUUAGAUCAGGCUCUAAAACCCUUAAGAGAUUUUGCCGUUUCAACCAAAUUAACCUGUGAAACAUGUGGUGAGAAAGUGGAAACCGCAGUGUUUGUAGAUCACAUACGCCAAUGUAUUGAUAGAAGUUUAGUGUUGUCACCAAGAUCACAAAAUAAUAACAACAAUAUAAUGAAAUCUCCUUUUGGACCGUCAACACCACAAGAACGUUUAAAUAGUCCCCAGACACCGCACAGUCGCAGUGAUGGACGCAAAACUUCAGAGGGCAAUAGCUCUCCUUUGUCCUCCACUAACACUAGGGCUGAUAUUUUAUGUCCCCUGCCUCAGACAGAGUCGGAAAAGAGUGCCGGCGGCACUUCGGUUUUAAAUGCUUUGGAACAGUUAAUCGAAAAAAGUUUCGACUCAAGACCACGCCAAUCGUCCGCCUAUGGAGAUGCUUCAGCAGGUGGUACACCGUUAGGCUCUAGCAUACUCAAACGUUUGGGCAUCGAUGAUAAUGUUGAUUACACCAAACCUUUAAUGGAUCCUCAAACUAUGCAAUUUUUACGUUCCUAUUCGAAUUAUCCCUCAAAUCGUGACCGCAGUGCCAGUGAAUCAAGCUCAGUUUCAGAACGUUGUAGCAGUCGUUUGGAAUCGUUUACCCCAGAACGCUCUUAUGAUCUGUCCAGACAACCGACACCACGGCUUACACCCGAUAGAAAUUACCAAAAUCUUAAAGAAUGUAGAGAUAACAUGUUUAACACAAAAAUCAAAUCCGAGCCAAUUGAUUGUAGUGAUCAUGUGCACGAUGCCGAUAAUAUACCCAUCAAUGAAAUACCAAAGAAAAUUUCUGUUAAAAAGGAAUUCAAUAUACCCGAUGAUCAUGAGGAUUUGGAGGGUCAUAAAAUGAAGGAAAUUGAUAUGAGACAUAGCUCACUGACACCCAGCUCCCGAGCCAUUAGUCCCAGCAUUAGUGAACGUUCCAUAACACCAAAGUCCAGUUGUUCGAGCAGUGAAAAGAAGCCCAAUCUGGGCUUAAAUGAAAGUAGUAGUCUAAAUGCUUUAUCAUCCAUGUUUAACAAUCUUAACAACAUGCAUAGUAACACGAUUAGUGCAGCAGCAACCAUGGAAACCAAUAACAAUAAUAAUAGUAACUGCAACACAGUGGCUAAGAAAACAAAUGCCAAUCCUUUGGCUGCUUUACAAAAACUUUGCGAAACUACUGAUACGCCUGCAGCCAAUACACGCAGUUCAUCCAACAACAGCAACAACAAUUUUCCAGCACAUACAACUUCGUCUAGUUCAGCAUCGAAUGCUGGAGGUACUGGUGGUGGUGGUGGUAGUGGCAGUAAUGCCAGCAUGUUGGCCUUUAGUUGGGCUUGCAAUGAUGCUGUUGUUACAGCAGAUUCCAUUAUUAAAUGUUCCUUCUGUGAUACACCAUUCAGCUCUAAGGGUGCCUAUCGUCAUCAUCUCUCCAAGGUGCACUUUGUCAAGGAUGACCAACACCAACAACACGAUAUGAACAACAUGAAAUCACCAGCUGCUAUGGCAGCCAUCUCACCCAAAUCACUGCAUUCUCCCAAAAGUAUGACUUCAUCGAAAAGUCCAGCAGCCCAGCAGCGUUUAGAAACAACACCACCGUCCAGUGUUGCCACAACACCCAACAUCAAUCCCUACGACGAAAGUCCACAGUCGAAAUUCUUAAAGUAUACCGAGUUGGCCAAGCAGUUGUCGAGUAAAAAUGCUUAAGUUGAAGCAAG